UAGUUUGAUAAUGCAGUACCAACAAUCAUCGUCAUGGAGCUACUACAUGAGCAUGAGAAGUAACCGUCACCGUGUGGCGGAGGAGGAGAUGACGAUGGAGAGGGUGGGGAGGCUGGCGUCAGAGAGCGCCGUCGUGAUCUUCACCAUAAGCAGCUGCUGCAUGUGCCAUGCAAUGAAAACUCUCUUCUGCGGCAUGGGAGUCAACCCUAUGGUCCACGAUCUUGACCUUCUCCCCAACGGCAAACAAAUCGAGCGUGCUCUGAUGUCUCUUCUCGGAAUCAGUGGCGGCGCCGUCGUCCCUGUUGUCUUCAUUGGCGGCAAGCUUGUUGGCUCCAUGGAUCGGGUCUUGGCUUUUCACAUCAAUGGCACUCUUGUUCCUCUUCUCAAACAAGCUGGUGCCUUGUGGCUUUAAUUAAUAAUAAUUAAUCAUC